GUGCUCCAUUUUACCGCUGACGGGAGAGUUACUUAUACAUCAAACUUACAAGUUUGAGCUGCGCAAUAUAAACAUUAUUAGCCCGAUAGCUCGCGGCAGCUCGCGCCAUUAAAGCAAAGACCUCCCACCAGGUGAUGAUAUCUUAUGGGUGCACGUCCACAGUUCUCUAUACAAAAUGGGUUUCUUGUUACAAAUUUGAUGAAGAUUAAGUUGCUUCACGCCGCUUCCAGCGCCUCUUUUUUUUGUUGUAGUCUUCGGUACUUUGCCUUUGAAACUUAGAGCGGUUAAUGUGACGUCGUUUUCAAAGUACAUCGAGGCAAUUAAUUUUCAUUUUCAUAAGUAAAGAGCGAAACUUUCUCGGUCAUUUUGGUUGAAGUUGAAGAAGUCAGCGAUGACACCAGUGGGGCACUUCUUCAUAUUUUCUUUUGGGUUGAUCUGGAUGAGUGCGACAUUUCUGAGAUCUUGUGGCGCUGUGGCAAAUGAAGUUUCACCGGUAGAAAGAGGAGAAGAAGUUUAGGGAAGAAUCCAUAGCAGUUCGAAGUCAAUCAAUCUACACGAGGAAGUGAUUUUGAUCAUAUCAUACUCGUUUAAGGAAACUCCUUGUUUUCUUUUGACGAGAUCCUGGGCCAGAACCUUAAUGAGGACAUGUGACGACCCUGGCUUUCCAAAGAAUGGCUUUCGUGUGGUAGGAGAUUUCAGAUAUAAGGCCACCGUUGAGUAUUUUUGCAAUCCGGGAUUUAGAUUGACAACUGGAAAUAGGCUACGUCGGUGUCAAGGGAAUGGAAAGUGGAGUGGGGCUUUGCCAACAUGUAAAGAUAUCAACGAAUGCGUUGAAUACGAGGAUUAUGCAAACCCCUACACCACCAAUGACGUUCAAGUAGAGCAUAAUCAUCUAUGUCACUUAGAGGCCACGUGCAUCAACACCAUUGGGUCGUUCCACUGCAAGUGCAAGCCUGGUUACUAUGGUGAUGGGAAGUUAUGUUUGUCUAAGAAAUACUUCAUGGUUGCUGCUUUGUUUCGAAAAAAAAAUAAGGUUUCAGCGCAUAUGUGUGGCACUCUGGGAAAUACUAGGAAUGCUACGCGGAUUAGACGGAUCGUAGGAGGAAUAUCUUCUGCGCAUGGCUCCUGGCCGUGGCAAGUCGCCAUUACCUAUAAUAGCACAAGGAGAUAUAACUACCUCUUUAACGGAGCACUUAUAAAACCUGGAUGGGUCCUCACAGUCGCCAACGUUCUUCACGUGAAAAAGGGUGCUAAGCCAAUAAAACCUCACAAAUUACGAGUGGUGUUAGGAGAGUUCAACCGCAAUAAAUUGGACGGAUCGGAAACGCCCAUACGUGUGAAAAGGAUCGUCAUACAUCCUGGAUACGAUCGAUACUCAAUGGCCCACAAUAUUGCUUUGUUAGAGUUGGAGAAAGCUGUGAAGCUAAACGAUCAUAUAAGGAUGGUGUGCAUACCAAAGCGCAAGAGAGACAAAGUUUUGGAAAAGCCAUUAAGGUACGGGACAGUGGCGGGAUGGGGUUCCACCAAACCGAUAAGACUUGGCGAACCUACAGGACCUUUGUCAGCUGUGCUUAGAGAGGUUACAGUGCCGAUAGUUCCAGAUAAGGAAUGCAAAGAAGCGUCAAUUUAUACCUACCACAAGGAAACCACGUUCUGUGCAGGAUUUAAAAAGAAGCCCAAAGACCCGUGUUUUGGGGAUGUGGGAAGCCCUCUCGUUAUGCAGCACCCUCGAUCUGGGCGCUGGAUUGUUAUUGGACUGUUCGGAUGGAGCGAAGGUUGCGGAAGACCCAGAAAGUACGCGUAUUACACUAGAGUUUCAAAAUACAGAAAGUGGAUAAAUUCCCACGUAAGGAGAGGCUAUUAGCUGAGGAAAAUCAGAUCGAACAUUUGAUCGUUGGUUUCUCCAAGUGAUAUGUGUGAACCUACUUGCAAUUUUGAUAUCAAAAGGGGAAAACCACUUAAACAAACUAUUCAGACGUGUUUUUCGUGUAAACACAAAUGACAUUAGGGUUGAAGUAUCGUGACUUAUAACAUUUCUGAGGAAUAGAAAAGGGUAUCCCCUGGUGCUUAAGUUCCAGAGAUAUCUGGUUUCUUUGUUUGUCCAUUGUCGUCUUUGCUCAAUAUUUCAUUUGUAGGUUAAUUUGCUUAAGUUUUUGCGCCCUUAUUUCCCGACAAAGCUUAAAACGAGCUUUUGGAGAAAAAUUUCUCCAUUCACUACUUUUAGUUGCCUUAUAGGCUGAAACACCCAAUACGGGAAAAACAUUGUACUUAAUAAUGCUAUACUCCCAUUACAUUUUAUUACAUUGUACUCCUACUUAGCGUGCUCUCCGUAAGUUUCGCUCGGGCGGAACGAUUUACUCAUUUUAGCAGAGCAUCUGCUAUGAAGUGGCUAUCUUAAAAGCUUUGAAGUAAUUCAGAGGGAACAUGUGACACUAAUUAAGAUUGUUCUUUGACUUAAAAUCUAUACUUUGUGACCAUAUCUACGCUAAUUAAGAUAAUUGUUUUAAAUUAUCUUUUUGCUACCCCUUUUUACGGUUGUUUUUGCUCAUAAUAUAAGUUCAUUACAAAUCAAAUUACACCAUCGUUAUACGUUGCGCAAGCCUGUUCCGUGCCAAAAAAAAUAAUGUGACAGUUAUGAACUAAUUCUAACUUAGUAUCAUUUCAGGAGGAGAAAAGGACGCGGAAAUGUUUGUGAAGUUUCCAAAUUAGUUCAGUUGUGGGAAAGAACUAUUCUGCAUGGACUCGGCUAAUAAAAAGGAAUCAAUAAACAUUGAUUGGCUUUCUAUGAAAGCUUACCAAAAGAACUUUACAUUUGAGUUUCUGCCCAUCUCCUCUUCCACUGUUCUCCUCCAUGAGUAAUCACCGCCGCUAUUUUUUAAAGUUACUAUGCUGUUUCAUAUCUAUCUAUUAAGUUUUUAAUUUAUUUACAAACAUUUGCUUCUCAGAUAAUUCACGGGAACAAUUUCUACCCUUGAAAGUCCUGGUGGUCACUGCUUUAAAGAAGCUGCUAGUUGUUUGCCUUUUUAAAACAUGGUUACUACAGUAUGUGAUUUCUGAUUUUUUUUCCUGAAGUUUCCCUUAACAAAACUUUAUUUUCCAUGACCAACUGAAUUAGCAGUUUCACACCUACACGGUACCUAACUCGAUGGUAAAAUAAUUGAUUUGCUUAGAAACUCAACAACAGCUUGUUGCUCAAUUUCAUUAAACAAAAUUCUACCGA